GUCCCCGCAAGCCAUGCCCUUGGAUCUAAAACUUCAUUGAGCCCUUCUUUCAUCUAUUAGACAAAUCUUCUUUCAUCUUCCCCAUUCUUGCGGCUCACCACUUCAAAAUCUACUCUUGUGGCUCUCGGAAUGCCAUGACUAUAAUAGACUCCGACAAGACUCUUAUUUGCCUCCGCAACGCCUGCAAUUUCGUCGGCAACCUCGUCAGGUUAAAAGGGCAGUUUCUUUUCGUCAACACCAACACCCUUUUCGACGAAAUCAUCGAGGAAAUGACGAAAGCUAUUGGGAUUAAGAAUGACAAGUCGUGGCGUCUUGAAGGCUUUUUAACAAACAGUUCGAGUCCCAAAAAGUUUCGCGGCCGGAAUAAGAAGUUGAACUUGGGAGCCAUUCACGCUCCUGAUUGUGUGGUGAUUUUCGAUACGGAGAGGAAGUCUUCGGUUAUUUUGGAGGCUGAAUGGUUGCAAGUUCCGAUUGUGGGGCAUGUUGAUUCGAGUAUGCCGUGGGAAACUUAUAAGAAGAUUACUUAUCUGAAAAAUGAAGACUGCACAAGGGGCAGAUGAUUUAACCGCUGGGACUCGGUAUGAACUCUACUAAUUUUACUUUUUGUGUUCAUUUUUGAAGAAAGAAGAUUUCUCUCUGAAUAGAUGAAAGAGAGACUCAAUGAACUUUUAGAUCUAAGGGCACGGCUUGCGGGGACAAAACAGGUCUGUCAUAUUUUAUUGGACAUUUUUGCCCCUUAAAAAAUAUUCCUCCACUCCACAUUGCCAGUGCCACCGGAUGAGAAACCGCUAAAAAUCGGUAAAAUGACUCCGCUAGUGCGUUUUUGUGAGUUUAGUGACCUUUUAAGCCACAAAAAAAGUUUGAUGGCCAAAGGGUGCCAUUUUCAAUAGUUUAGUGACCUUUUGGGCCAUUCACUCUAUUUUUAAUCGUAUGCAUAUUAUCAUUCAAAUUUAAAAUUUGAAUUUAUAGGGGUAAAAUUGAAAAAAGAAAUACAAACAUCACAAUCAAAUCACUAUUUUUAAAAAGUUGAAUUUCCGAAACAUAACUAAAUAAUUGGAACGGAGGGAGUAGUAGGGUUGUAGCACAUGAAUGAUGAAACUGUAGUGCGAAAAUUUGGAGCAAUGCAAAAAUAACUCUCUUAGGGGGUAUGUUGGUCGUUGAAUUGUAGUAAUCAAGGAUAUAAAGCUUCUUAGAAUAUUCGAUCAAUGGAUGUUUAGCUUGGCUUUGUGCACAUGCGAUGCAUACGUAAACAGCAGUACCGUAAUCAAAUCAGGUCCGUUAAAAUGUGCUCUUUAUCUUCAUUAGGCCUAUAUUUAUAAAUAUUAGCGGGGAAUAGCACAUACUAUGUGUGUGCACAUUAAGCAAAUAUUUUUAAAGCAAGGAAAAAAAAAAGGGCAUAAUUUUUUUUUGGAGAUUAUUGAAAAUUUUUUGGUGAUUAAAACGUGAGUAUAUUAUGUUGAAUUUUGAAAGGAUACACUUCAAAUAAGAAAAAAUAAUGAUAUAAUUUUUUAACAUCAAACUCGUGAGCCAUCCAUUAUAUAUGGAGUGAUAUAUAGAAUUCAGCCUCAAACAUAAUAAGUGUACAGCGUUGAUGUCGUUUCAAGAACCGACCGACCAGAUUGUGUGAUGUGGCAGUUUUAAUUGUUUACUUCCUUUUUAAAAAAAAAAAAUUAAAGUCAUGCAUUUGUGGCCCAACGACAUGGUGGACGUCACCGGUCUUGUCUUCCCGUACUCGAUUUUGUCCGAUGAAUCGAUAUUUUAACCAUAAAAUUGUACUUACGUCUCCUGGUAACUAUUUUACCCCAAAAAGAAUGGAGUAUUACGGUAUAUGGAAACAAGACAGUAGUGAUGCAUGAUAGAUACUAUAAGAAACAGUUUCCUGGAUUAUGAUCAGCUGAUCAUAUGAUUUGUCUGUCAACCGAAAAAAUUCUUCCCAUGUCCGCACCGGAGAGUAGUUCCUGCGUACCAAACCCCGUUUAUUUUACUCCAGAGCCACACUGAACAUAAAGAUGAACAUUGAAUGUUAGGAGGAAAGAUUGUAAGUAAACCUUUAAGACCUCGACAUUUAUUUGAUAAAAAAAAAAAAAGAAAAAAAGCAAGUAGUAGAAGGACGGUUAACAUUUUGUUGAGUGAUGAAUAAAUUUGAUGGUACGGAAGAAGUAAUUCAAGAGAUAUGUCUCGAGUUUCAACACUUUCACUUAUAUUAAAAAAAGUUUUUUUUAAAAAAAAACUGAUAUUACUGACGUGUCAUAUGAGAUCUCCGACGUGGUUAAGGGACCAGUGGCACACACGUAAUCGGCGUCGGGAUGUUGUCAUAAUCCCCGUGCCAGCCCUGCGCUGCACCACGCCUCCCCUGCUUCCGAUCCACUUCUAUAGUUUUAUAUACUCCCCUGCUACCCAGUCUUCCUUUACACCAAGUCCAGUCUAAUCAACAAAAAAAAAAAAAAACUUCUCCAAUACGUAGUCCUCGUACUUCACUUACCAGAAGUAUAUUUAAAUUUUCCUUUUCCAUUUUUGUCUCCUCGGUGAAGUUUGAGUUGAUCCGACUACCCGACAAGAGAAAAAAAAUAAAUGUCGAUUGCUUUUAGGAACGUCAUUAUUGAGUCGUCAUGGUACGAGAAGAAGAUGAGGAGGCAGCACGCAGAUGGAGAUGACGAUGAUGAUAAUGGCGGCUAUGAUUAUGCCCCAGCCGCAUGCGUUGAAGGCGAUGGCGACGACGAUGACGGAGAUUAUGACUAUGCUCCGGCUGCAUCCCUGGAGGAGGAGGGUGAUGACGACGAUGACGAUGACGAUGACGGUUAUCAUUGUGCUCCAGCUGCAUGAACUUCAUUUACUUCACCCAAAAUUUCAUACUUGCACCUGGGAAUCUUUUCGCAUGUUCUUUUUUUUUUUUUUUUUUUUAUCAAAUCGAACCUUCCAAGUUACAACUCAAUUAGUAUUGAUUAAUUGUAGUAUUCCUCGUUUCUGAUAUUUUAGUCUCAGAACCCUAAUAGCGAAAUCUAUUAACUUCCUUUUGCCGGA